GACUUUGCUUCUUCUUUGUGCUAUUCAUUCGUUUUCUGUUGCUUGUACCGGUUACAUUCGUUCUCUUCUAUUCUUGUUAACUACCUGCUUGACUUUUUAUCCUUUACUUCAUCACUAUCCUCUCAUUAUAAAACACGAAAAAUUAAACCCUCAAAUCAAACAAUCGUAGAAAGCGAUUAUGAAGACUACAUCGGGACUUUUCUUGGCCACCUUGGCAGCUUCCGUUUCUGCGGUUCCAUUCAAUCACGCAUAUGGCAAAGCUAACGGAGAACAUGUAAGACCAACAUGGUCUCCUCCAAGCGCUUCAUCAGCUGCCCCUUCUGAAGAUACAGCUUCAUCCACAAGUGCCUCUACCGUUGCCGCUACUUCUGUGGCCUCAAGCAUCGUUGCUUCUAGCGCUGUCGUACUUGCCGCAUCAGCUGCAUCUCCAACAGUGUAUAUGUGUGGUGAUUCUACAAUGGCUCUCGGUGGGGGUGGAACUGGAACUCAAGGCUGGGGUGUAUACCUCCCAUAUUCCCUGACCAUCCCCGUCGUCAAUGACGCCAAAGCCGGUCGCUCAGCCCGUUCCUACACCGAUGAAAAUCGCUUUGGCGCCGUCAUUGAUACCAUAAAAUCCGGUGACAUCGUCAUCAUUGAGUUCGGACACAAUGAUGGAGGAUCCCUCACCCCCACCGAUAACGGCCGCUCUGAUUGCGUCGGAGCUGGCAACGAAACCUGCACCACAGAUGCCGGUGUGAUCGUUCAAACAUACCCCACCUAUCUCACCAAUGCCACCGAGCUCAUGACUGCAAAAGGCGCCCAUGUCAUCAUCUCCUCUCCUACUCCAGACAACACAUGCGAGACAGGUACAUGCUCAUACACAUCCCCUCGUUUCACCGGGUAUGGCAAGAUUGUUGUGGAAAACGUUGGAAGCAUGGCUAGCUUCAUUGACCACGGUACAUAUCUCGCCAAUCAGUACGCCGUUCUUGGCGCUACAACUGUUGACACCUAUUAUCCAAAUGACCACACUCAUACUUCUCCUAUUGCCGCCGACUUGGUUGCAGGUGUGUUUGUUAAAGGUGUUCUGUGUGCCGGUUCCUCUAACCCUCUAUACUCUUACAUUAAGAAUAGCACUGAUAGUGUUGUCGGUACCUGUAUUUAAGAAGAAUGCUCAAGCAUGGUGUUGACCAAAUGAAAUUGUGAGGAGGAUGAAAUACUUUACAUGUAUAUAUAUAGCUGGAAUAAAUGUGGAUAUAUCGAUAAUGUACAAUGCCUGCAAUAAAAAGGCACGCUUGCAAUAG